AUGUAUCGUCCUUCUCGUGCGGGACUUCGCCAUGCAGCGAGAUGCAUCGCUCGACCCUCGAGGACGUAUAGUACGCCAGCAGAGCCCACUCUCCGAACAGCCCUAUUCUUCCCAGGCCAUGGAGUGCAGAGAAAAGGCAUGACAAGGCCAUGGGUCGAAGCAUUCCCACAGACAUGUAAACCGAUUUUGGAAGAGAUGGAUGAGAUUGUCAAAUGCAAGCUGUCCAGACUGAUUGAUGAAGGGCCAAUCAUCGAUAUAGACAGGACUGAAAAUGCGCAGCCUGCCAUCAUGACCUGUUCCAUCAUGAUCCUGAAGGUCUUGGAAAAGGAGUUUGGCUUCAAACCAGAAGAAGUGAUCGAUGUCACUCUGGGACACAGCUUGGGGGAAUACGCAGCACUCGUUGCAGCGGGCAAUCUGGAAUACGCUUACGCCUUGGAUCUUGUCCGAAGACGAGGAGAGGUCAUGGGCGAGUGCACAAGGAAAGCCAAAGAGCAGUCAGGAGAAGAUUUCGGCAUGAUCGCCUUGGUCUGUGAACCUGAACAGAUGGAGUCCUUGGUUGCCAGCGUGCGAGAGUUCUUGAGCCAUGGGACGGAAGGCACCAAAGACGACUCGAGUGCUCGUCCUGCAAUACGCCAGGUCUCGAUUGCCAACAUCAACUCCAAAAACCAAAUUGUCCUGAGCGGAAGCUUUCAGCGGAUUCGAAACCUUCUCGUCAAUAUCCACGAGUUUGGAGGACACGACCCGCGGGCGGUCGAGUUGAAGUCUCGAUCGGCAUUCCAUAGUCCUAUCAUGAUGCCUGCAUAUGAAUUCAUGAGAAAGGCCCUGACUGUCGACAAAGUGACAUUUCCUGGACGAUGUCCCUGCAUCAGCAAUGUGACCGCACGCCCAUUCCAAUCCAAAGAAGACAUACUCCAAAAUCUGUCGCAACAAGCCGUGGGAACAAUCAUGUGGUGGGACUCGAUCAAGUACUUGCAUAAGCAAGCUGGCACACGUCGUUGGCUUGGUCUUGGUCCCGGAAAGGUAGGGCGCAACUUGGUGUCGAAAGAGGUUGGCCGAUCUUCUACCAAAGGGGGUGGUGUCUGGUCUAUUACGGAACCCUCAGAGAUUGAAGGAACGCUUCGAGAGUUGGAGGCGACGGCAAGAGAAGACAUUGAGUGA